AUGUAUCUUUCCUUUUGUCUUGUCUCUUUUUCUGAUCUGUCAUUUCAGGAAAAUGAUCUCUAUAACUUUCAUUUUGAUUUGGAUUUGUCGUCGUGGGACUCGGACCUUUGGAAUAUCACAGGCCAUGCUUAUACAGAUGCAAACGUGAAGACAGAACCCUUAUCACCAGCCACCUCAAAUUGUUCGGUCCCGUCUCCGUCGUCGCUGGACUCUCCGGUGCAGAAUGUGCCUGAUGAUGUGGACUUCAGCUGUAGCUCCCAGAUGUCUCCUAUCUCUCUCUACAGCAAGAGCUGCAAAAGCCCUGCAUCCCCUGAAGGAGAUGGAGGGAAGAAGCCUGUUGUCAGCAUUGCUUCUCGAGCUGCAAAUAAUUCUGCCAAGAACCUGAAGAGGAGUGGUCAGACUGUGUCCAGGCCUUUGAUACAACCCAAACCCCUUUUGCCUGCUGUGCCUGAAGCUCAGGCUAACGUUGGCAUCCCAGCUAAAACCAUCAUUAUUCAGACUCUUCCCAUGCUUGUGCCACUGCCAAAGAAUCAGCCAGUUGUUAACAUCCAGCCAGCUCCUCCUAAAGGUCAGUCAGUGGUGCUCCCUCAGCCUGCUGUGGUACAGCUCCAGGCUUCUGGAGUGCUUCCUGCCUCCCAGCCAGUCAUCACCGUCACUGGAGGGACCACACCACUUCCAAACCACACGGUGAACACGCUGCCUCCAGCUGCUGGAAACGGCUCAACGAGUGGCAAAAUACCUGUGACUAAACCCUUGCUUCAAAGCACCACACCAGCAAUGGGGCUGGAUGUCAAUGUCUUGAGACGGCAGCAGCGCAUGAUCAAAAACCGCGAGUCAGCCUUUCAGUCACGCAAGAAGAAGAAAGAAUACAUGUUGGGACUGGAGGCAAGGCUGGAGGCAGCCUUACUGGAGAAUGAGAAACUCAAGAAAGAAAACAGCAUGCUGAAGAGGCAGCUGGAUGAAGUAGUAUUAGAGAACCAGAUGCUCAAAGUACCAUCUCCAAAGAGAAGGACUCUGUGUGUGAUGGUGAUACUGGCUUUUAUAAUGUUGAAUUAUGGUCCAUUGAGCAUAUUCGAAAAGGAUCCCAGUGGAGUUGAUUCUGCUGCAAGUUCCAACCACCGGACCAGAAACCUUCUGGAGUUCUCAGCUAGCCAGGAGUCCAGCACAGCUCAGAAAAUACCUGGGGGCAUCAUUCCCGAGAAGAGUAAUAGGUACGACCAUUCUGUAUCUGAUAACAAAGCACUGAUGAUAGUCUCAGAAGAACCACUGUUAUAUAUUUCACCCCCACCCCCACCCUGUCGGCCUCUGAUCAACCGCACAGAGUCGCUGAGGCUGAAUCAUGAGCUUCGAGGAUGGGUUCAUAGGCAUGAAGUGGAACGGACAAGAUCUAGAAGACUGUCCAACAACCAGCAGCAGAAGGCACGGGUCACACAGAGCUCCCUCAGUGAGAAGGCAGAUUCCCAGCUAAUGGCCAUGCCUUACACAGACACCAGCCUCAGGAUCAGCCUGGGGGAAAAUAGCAAGCUGCAGGUAUAUUAUGCCUCUCCAAGGAGCUAUCAAGAUUUUUUUGAAGCUAUUCGCCGAAGGGAAGAUACAUUCUACGUGGUGUCAUUUCGCAGAGACCACCUGUUGUUGCCAGCGACCACACAUAACAAGACCAGAAGACCAAAGAUGUCUAUAGUCUUGCCAGCUGUAAACAUCAAUGAGAAUGUGAUCAAUGGGCAGGAUUACGAGGUGAUGAUGCAGAUUGACUGUGAAGUGAUGGACACCAGGAUACUCCACAUCAAAAGUUCAUCUGUCCCUCCAUACCUCCGAGAGCAGCGCAGAAAUCACACCGACACCUUCUACAGCUCAACCCCCUCCGUCCCAGAGACACCCCAUGCCCUGAGGGCCAUUGUGGAAUCCCUGCAGUAG